ACCAGAAAAAAAGCACGAAAGCGAAAGCACGUCUGACACCUGACACGUCAACAGACGUCAAUUAUUUUGUAUUUUUCAUUGUUUUUCAGACCAAAUAUUUAAUAAUCUACCACUUCUAAAAUUAUGAAGAAAAGUAUAGUAAGACUUCUGAAAACAUUCUGAUUUUUUGGGAUUUGGUAGAUACUGUUAUAAGAGGGCUGUGUUAAGAAAUUAAAAAAAAAAAUUAGAAAUGGCACCAUCAACUGAUUGGGAUGAAAUAAAGAGAUUGGCAGCAGACUUUCAAAAAGCACAACUAACCACGACAGCACAACGUUUAUCAGAGAGGAACUGCAUAGAAAUUGUAUCCAAGUUAAUUGAACUGAAAUUACUAGAUGUAAUUUUCACAACUGAUGGUAAAGAGUAUUUGACUCCACAGCAACUUAUUAAAGAGAUAAAAGAUGAAUUAUAUGUACGAGGUGGACGUGUCAAUACUGUCGAACUAGCUAAGGAGCUCAACGUGGAUCUGAAUCAAAUAAACAUAUAUGCUGUUGAUAUUGUCAAGAGUAAAGAAGUACAGUUGAUUGCAGGAUCUUUCAUUACACACUAUUAUUUAGAAAAAAUUGCAAGAGAAAUUAAUGAGAAGCUGCAAUUACAAGGCCAAAUUACAGUAGGUGAUUUGACAUUACAAUAUGACUUGCCAGCGGAGCUUUUGCAACACAGUGUAUUGGAAAAAUAUUUGGGCAAAGUUAUCAAUGGCAGACAAGAUCCUUCCGAUCCUAGAAUAUUUUACACAGAAGAGUACAUCACUAGGGCAAAAGCAAAGAUUAGAGGAGCUUUAAUGGGUCUGCUUAAACCGACCCCCAUUAGUCUCAUCAUAAGUCAUUGUAAUUUAACAGAGAGACUUUUUCUAUACCUUUUUGAUCAGUUGACUGCUCCUGGGGUACUUACUGGCCGGCAAUCAGGAGCGCAAUAUGUACCAACAUGUUAUACUAAGUCUCAAAAUGAGUGGGUCAUGAACUUUUAUAAACAGAACAAUUAUUUGGAGUAUGAUGCUUUGACUCGUCUCGGUAUAUCAGAUCCAAAAGGUUAUGCUAAAAGAGUUUUGUCCAAUGAAGACAUGACAUUCUUGAGAAGUUGUGUGAUUGGGUCACAAAUAAAACAACAAUUAGAAUCUGCUCUUGAGGAAUGUAUUGCUUCUAAGAGCUAUUUAGAUGUUGUAUCAUUGCUGCCAUCUGUGUUGUCAGAUGAAGAUAUUGAUAAUGUCCUUGAAACACUACUAAAGAAUAACUCAAAGUCAACAAUUCUCUUUGACAAAACUGUCUUUAGCAAUCAAUUUAUUGAAAAUUUGAAGCACGCAUGUAUGCCAAUAGCUCAGAAAAAUGCUGAAGCUAUUGUGAACUGUGGCAAGUAUCAACAAUUUUGUCUUGAAAAGCAACUGGCUAAAUCUGAUAUGCAGCAUCAAACCCAUGUGGAUCACAAAGCUGAGAGGCGUGAGGAGCGUAGGAAGAAAGCGAGUACUGGCAAAGUUGGUGGUGGCACCCAAGGCCGAGAAACUAAAACAAAGGCAGUUAAAAAACAUCCGAGAUCCAAGCAGGUUGCACACGAUUCCGAUUCUGAUGAAGCCCCAAGUUCUUCCAAGAAAAAUCAAGAUCAAUUGGAGAUUGUUAGCAAUGACGAUGUAGAAAGUGUUAUUAAAGAACCCCUGGAAAAUGAGGGGCUUGAAGAUCUAAUAGGCCAGAUUGCUGAAUAUCUUCAAGGACAACUCAAUCAAACUGCUUUAGCAAUAGCAAAAGAACUGGCUGAAAAAUUAUUACAAGAUGCAAACCAGAGCAGAAAGCAAACUCAUUCUUCUGCCCAAGAUAAAAUUAAUGUUCUUAUAAAUGAUAUUAAGUUAUAUGAGAAGGGUUUAAAAUUAUUUCCAAAUGAUCAACAUGCACAAUUUAUCAAAUACCUUCUCAAGUCGUUCGGAAGUGAUAUUCUUUCGGAGUUCUGCAAGUAUGCAGCAAAUCAAUGCAACCUAUCAGUACAAGUUGAUGUAUUGUCAGUGGAACAGAGAAAUAAAAUAAUUAAUGACUUGUCAGAUGAAUAUAUGAAACCACUGCGAGCCUUAAAUGUAUCAUUGGGUGAUCAGAAUAUGGAACAAUUUUAUCAAGCUGUGGACGUAUGUUUAUCUGAGUGUGGAAUGAUUUUAAAAAAAGUUGAUAAGAAAAAGGACAAACUUCUUGUUCUAAAUCACAGAGAAAAGCUUAUAUCGGAGUUAGAAAACUGUGAGGAGCCUGCACUAGUUUUGCAUUUAGUAUCGCUUGCUCUGUUCACUAUUCUCAAUCAAAACAUGUUGCAUGCAUCUGGUAGACAAGUGCCAUCUGUCAUAGCAUUUUUAAAGUCACAAUUGAAAGAAGAAGAUUUUGGGAAACUCCAGAAAUAUCAUGAAUUGGUAGCUGCAUACUUAACUGCUUCGGAUGAGGAAAAGAGUAGCAUAGAAGAUAAACUGAAGGAGGAUAUGCCACUUAUUAAAAAUCUGGUCACUGAAGUGAAGAAGUAUAAGUAGGUGGUGGCCAUCAAUUUUGUAAACUGAAUUCUGACUAUCUCAUUUUUACUGCUACAAGCAGGUACAAUGCUUAUUUUAAAAAUAAAAAUAUUAUUUUGAAAUUG